AUGAGCUCAGCUAUCGACUUCGUGCUACAGGAGGCAGUGCGCAGCGGAAGAUUCCUCGGUUUGAGCUGCAUUGCAAUCGACAAAGCUGGAAACACGAUUUAUUCUGGCGCCCAUGGACGACGUUCAUUCAAUUCAGAUGAGCCAAUGACCAUCUCAACCUCUGGGUGGUUAGCGUCUACAACUAAGUUAAUGACGGCCGUUGCUGCGUUACGCCUGGUUCAAGAAAACUUAGUUGGCCUAGAUGCUGAUGUAGCCGACAUUCUUCCAGAGCUUCGGGAAAAGGAAAUUCUGAUAUCAUACGAUAGUACAACCAAAAAUGCGACAUUUGUACCCCGCAAAAAAAAGAUUACACUAAGGCGCUUGUUAUCACAUUCCGCUGGAUUUACCUAUCCUUUUAUAACUCCAAUGGUUGCGAACUGGAGCAUUGACAAUGGUCUAUCGGCAACAAUUGACCAUUUUACAGGCGAUUUUAAAGCUGAUUGGGAUCGUCCAAUGAUCUUUGAACCUGGAAAUAACUGGAGCUACGGCCCGAGCAUCGAUUGGGCAGGAAAAGUGGUUGAAAAAGUAAGUGGCAAAUCGUUGGAAGACUACUUCAACGACGUGAUCUGGACGCCGCUUGGAAUGAAGAACACAACCUUUCAUCCUGAGAAGUAUGAACAAUAUCCUUUGCUGGAAAUGGGACAGCGUGAAAAUGGGCCUGGCAGCAAGCUCGUUCCUGACAGCCAUUACGCAAAGUUCUUAGCUGCUCUGCUUGGCGACAAUGGUACCCUACUAAGGAAAGGUAUGAUUGAAGAGCUUGAGAAGCCACAGUUAAACGAGGAGGGCAAAGCUGCGCUGGAGGAGAUGCGUAACCUAUGGCUAAUGCCCGAGUUGCCUAGGGAGGUCACAGUUGACCAUGCCCUGGGAGGACUUGUAACGACAAGCAAUUUUCUGGGCGGCCGCGCAGCUGGUGCCAUGGCUUGGGACGGAAUCAGCAACCCAAACUGGCUCAUCGAUCGUGUGAAUGGAGUUGCGAUGAUUUUCUUCACUCAGGUCUGGGCUACUGAUCCAGACACCAAAGGAUUGUGGAGCAAAUUAGAAAAGGAGCUUCUAUCUCACGAGCAUACAUGGGCAAAUCGUUUUUUGGAAAACAGGUUAAGCAGCCGUUAG